AUGACCAACUCCUGCUGCUCCCCUUGCUGCCAGCCUACUUGCUGUAGGACCACCUGCUGCAGGACCACCUGCUGUAAGCCAACCUGUGUGACCAGCUGCUGCCAGCCAUGCUGCCAGCCAAGCUGCUGUGUAAGCAGCUGCUGCCAGCCCUGCUGCAAGCCCAGCUGCUGUGAAACCACCUGCUGCAGGACCACCUGCUGUAAGCCAACAUGUGUGACCAGCUGCUGCCAACCCUGCUGCCAGCCCAGCUGCUGUGUAACUACCUGCUGUAGGACCACCUGCUGUAAGCCAACCUGUGUGAGCAGCUGCUGCCAGACCACCUGCUGUAAGCCAACAUGUGUGAGCAGCUGCUGCCAUCCCAGCUGCAAUGAAACCACCUGCUGCAGGACCACCUGCUGUAAACCAACCUGUGUGACCAGCUGCUGCCAGCCAUGUUGCCAGCCCAGCUGCUGUGAAACCACCUGCUAUAGGACCACCUGCUGUAAGCCAACAUGUGUGAGCAGCUGCUGCCAGCCCUGCUGUCAGCCCAGCUGCAAUGAAACCACCUGCUGUAGGACCAUUUGCUGUAAGCCAACCUGUGUGACCAGCUGCUGCUACACACCCUACUGCCAACCUAGCUGCUGUGAGUCCAGCUGCUGCCAGCCAUGCUGCUGCCCAACCUGCUGUGAAAACACCUGCUGCUAG